UUAAGGGCAGUUUGAAUCAGUUUUGGAGGAUGGGAGAAAAAAAAAAAAAGCACAGAAUGGCUUCUGUUUGCCAGAGCCGUACAAAGAUAAUCACUCAGGAAGUGUUUCAACCAAUGGCCUGAAGCAUUACAUCAGGAUUUCUGAAAGCAUCCAAUCCUGACUGAGCUUGUAUCAGGAAGACAGAUCAUCAAGCUGAAGUGCCAAGCCCUUUCUGUCUGAGAACUGAGCCUGUCCUCCAUUUUUAUAAGUAUUGACAUAACACUGUGUUAACAAUGCAUCCACAGAGGUAAGACUUCCUAAAUUUUUUUUUUAAUUAAUUCCCAUCUCAUGGACAUCCAAAUUGUACUGUUUGCAGGUUACAAUUUCCAUGGAGCAAAACUCACAAACACAGCACUUUAUUGCUACUGUGUAAAUUUGCUUUCUUGGGGUCACAUGGUUGGGUGCCAUUUGCCUUUGCUUGCAACUGCAAACUGUGGCUUAUAAGGAGUUUUGGGGACCUUGAGCAGUAACUUUUUUUUUCUCUCCUUCAAAUACAAAGAGUGUUGGUUUCUCUAGUCUUGCACAAAGCCUCUUGUUUCACAGAGGAAGAUCUCUCCCCCUGCAUUAUUGUGUGCUCCUGUGUCACAUGCCUGCUGGAAAAUGGAAGCUAGCACAGCAAAUGCACUUAGCUGCAUUACACUGAUCCCUGGAAAAGAGACUGGCAAACUGAUCUGCAGGCAAGUUCAUCUUCCCAAACACUAGAAGAAAAAGCAAAAUCCAUACAGGAAUGUUAUUUUGUACCUUUUUAAAGGACUCUUUCCUGAGUAACAUUUGACAUACAUUUGGGGCCUAGCUCUGGAUUUUUAAACUGGUGCCCAAAGCAAACUUUUUAAUUUAUAUGUGGUGGACUUAUGAUAACUCUGUAGCUUUUGUCCUCUGUUUUUUGGGGUUUUAACAACAAAACUGGAUUACAGAAUUAUAUUUACCGUCCCUUUUUAUAAACAAAAAAUAUACUGGAUUUGUUACCAUGAAACAGAAGCAAAAUAAUAUGGAUGAACAUUUAGCAGAGGAGGAAUUAAAAACUGAUCAGGAGGUGGUUGAGGGAAUGGAUGUUACCACACGAUCCAAAGGACCAGCUGUUGCAUAUCCAGAAGGUUUAUCACAAGAUCAUGGAGAUAGUCAACCAUCUAAUCCUUCCUCUGCUGAACGACCAGGACAGAAAAGGAGGUUUCCCAGUCCGCCUCACUCAUCCAAUGGGCAUUCUCCUCAAGAUUCAGCAACAAGCCCGAGCAAAAAGAAAAAGAAACCUGGUGCAUUGAAUAGUAAUAACAAAGAGCAGUCAGAGCUAAGGCAUGGUCCGUUUUACUAUAUGAAGCAGCCGCUCACCACAGAUCCUGUUGAUGUUGUACCACAGGAUGGCCGAAAUGAUUUCUACUGCUGGAUUUGCCACCGGGAAGGCCAAGUUCUCUGCUGUGAGCUUUGCCCCAGGGUUUAUCAUGCUAAGUGUCUGAAACUGACAGCUGAACCAGAGGGGGAUUGGUUUUGCCCUGAGUGUGAGAAAAUCACAGUUGCAGAAUGCAUAGAGACUCAGAGUAAAGCAAUGACAAUGCUAACCCUUGAACAAUUGUCAUACCUGCUUAAAUUUGCACUACAGAAGAUGAAGCAGCCAGGGACAGAGCCAUUCCAAAAGCCAGUAUCUUUAGAGCAACAUCCAGAUUAUGCUGAAUAUAUAUUUAAUCCUAUGGAUCUCUCUACAUUAGAAAAGAAUGUAAAAAAGAAAAUGUAUGGUUGCACUGAAGCUUUCCUAGCAGAGGCCAAAUGGAUUUUGCACAACUGCAUUAUUUAUAAUGGCGGAAAUCACAAAUUGACACAAACUGCAAAAGUCAUUAUCAAAAUUUGUGAACAUGAGAUGAAUGAAAUUGAAGUCUGUCCAGAGUGUUAUUUAGCUGCUUGCCAAAAACGAGAUAAUUGGUUUUGUGAACCUUGUAGCAAUCCGCAUCCUUUAGUCUGGGCAAAACUGAAAGGAUUUCCUUUUUGGCCUGCAAAAGCUUUGAGAGAUAAGGAAGGCCAAGUUGAUGCUCGUUUCUUUGGACAGCACGACAGGGCCUGGGUUCCAAUGAAUAAUUGCUACCUCAUGUCCAAAGAAAUUCCCUUUUCUGUGAAAAAGACUAAAAGCAUUUUCAACAGUGCAAUGCAAGAAAUGGAAGUAUAUGUGGAGAACAUUCGCAAAAGAUUUGGGGUAUUUAACUAUGCUCCCUUUCGGACACCUUACACUCCUAACAACCAGUACCAAAUGUUAUUGGAUACUGGGAACCCAGGUGCUGGGACUGUUAAAACUGAUAAACAGGAGAAAAUGAAACUCAAUUUUGACAUGACUGCUUCACCUAAGAUUUUAAUGAGCAAGCCUAUGCUGAAUAGCGGCCGGCGGAUUUCCCAUACAGACAUGCCUCGUUCUCCGAUGAGCACAAACUCAUCUGUUCACACAGGUUCUGAUGUGGAGCAAGAUGCUGAGAAAAAGGCUGUGUCCAGUCACUUUAGUGCCAGUGAGGAAUCAAUGGACUUUAUUGACAAAAGUACAGCCUCCCCUGCAUCAACAAAAACAGGUCAUGGAGGAAGUUUGUCAGACAGCCCUAAACCAUUUUCUCCUCAAUCAACGCCUGUGGCAUCCAAGCAAGAGCGUGCUACUACCCCUGGCAGCAUAUUGAACCUUAAUCUUGACCGCAGCAAGGCAGAAAUGGGUUUGAAAGAACUCAGCGAAUCAGUUCUUCAGCAAUCCACAAGCACCCCGCUUAUAUCACCAAAGCGACAGAUACGCAGCAGGUUUCAACUUAAUCUGGACAAGACCAUAGAGAGCUGUAAAGCCCAAUUAGGAAUCAAUGAAAUACUGGAGGAUGUCACUGCUGUGGAACAUAGUGAUUCCGAAGAGUCAGAAAAAACAGACAGUAGUGAUAGCGAAUACAUGAGUGAUGAGGAGCCAAAACCGAAGAAUGACCCAGAAGAGAGAGUUGAAAAGGAAAGUGUGAAACCGGAGAAAGACUCCUCUUCUACAUCUUCUGCUUCCUCCUUAAAAAAGAAACCCAAGGCACCAGCUGCAGUAGAAGUAAAGGAGGAAGCAAAAACCACAUCAACUACCACUGCUACAGACAAAAAAGAGGUUGUGGUAAAGGAAAAACCAAGUGCCAAUGCAGAAAAGGGCACUACAGAAAAGAGCAAAGCACCGCCACUCUCCUUAAAAGAGAAACUGAAAGGAAAAGAUGAAACCGAGUCCCCAACUGUGCACUUAGAUUUGGACUCGGAUUCUGAAAGUGAAUUGGUUAUAGACUUGGGAGAGGAGCACUCUGGUCGGGAAGGACGGAGAGCAAAGAAGGAAUCUAAGGAAACCCCAGCUAAACAUCAAGAAACUAAAGCCUCCACCACAUCUGCAGCAAGUAGCCAACCACAGCCAGAGGCCCCAAUCCUUACCAGAUCAGCGGCACAAGCAGCGCCAGCAGUGGGUGUGACUGUGACCACCAGUGCUGUAGCAGCAGUGGCAACACCAGCUGCCGCUACAGGCAGCCCUGUGAAGAAACAAAGACCUCUUCUGCCAAAAGAGACGGUGCCCACAGUGCAGAGAGUGGUGUGGAAUUCAUCUAGUAAGUUUCAGACGUCAUCUCAAAAAUGGCACAUGCAAAAAGUACAGAGGCAACAGCAGCAACAGCAACAGCCUAGUGUGGCUCCAUCACAGUCUCCUCAAGGGACUAGAUACCAGACACGACAGGCUGUGAAAGCAGUGCAACAAAAAGAAGUUACCCAGACUACCACAACUACAUCUACUGUAACCCUAGUAACUAGUGCGACACCUCUGGCUGUGGUGGCAAGUCCUGGACCACCUCCAGUAACUACAUCAAUCAGUACGGAUCUGCCCAUAGCAACAGCAUCCGCUGAUGUUGCUGCUGACAUUGCUAAAUACACCAGCAAAAUGAUGGAUGCAAUUAAAGGAACCAUGACAGAAAUAUACAAUGACUUGUCCAAAAAUAGCACUGGGAGCACCAUAGCAGAGAUUCGGCGCUUAAGGAUUGAAAUAGACAAAUUGCAGUGGUUACACCAACAAGAGCUCUCAGAAAUGAAGCACAAUCUAGAACUUACCAUGGCUGAGAUGAGGCAAAGUUUGGAACAAGAGAGAGACAGACUUAUAGCUGAGUUAAAAAAGCAGACAGAGCUGGAGAAGCAACAAGCUGUGGACGAGACCAAGAAAAAGCAGUGGUGUGCCAACUGCAAGAAGGAAGCCAUCUUUUACUGCUGUUGGAACACCAGCUAUUGUGACUAUCCCUGCCAGCAAGCUCACUGGCCUGAGCACAUGAAGUCAUGUACACAGUCAGCCACAGCCACACAACAAGAAGCUGACUCUGAGCUUGGUACAGAUAAAUCGGCACAGCCUGCAUCUGGUGUUCAAGCACAACCUUCAGAAGCCUCAGCCACACAGAAAGAAAAAGAAAGCACAGUGGAAAAGGGCAAAGAGACUGUCACUAUAGCAACAGGUGUGACAAGCAACCAGCCUAUAAAACUGGUCCAGGUGCCGCAGACCACUACCUUUAUUCCAAGCACUCAGCCCACAAUUACUAUUCCUGUUGUGGUGAGUCCAAAUGCUGGAACAGUUGCAAUGAGGACAGGCGUCCAGUACGUUCAGACAACCGUGCCAGUUCAAGUCAGGCGAGUGUAACAUCAGCAGCGCCAGGUCUGCUGAAGGACAAUGAAACAGCCUAGUGGCUUCACCUGGACUCAUGCUUUGGGUUGUCCCACAAAGCAAAGACUACACUACAUUAAUAAAAAGCAUUAGCUUUGGCUUUUAAGCUGAAGUCAAUUGACAUCGGUUCAGUCGGCUAAUUGUUGUUGUAAAUAGUGUACAAUUUGUGGAUGUCAAAUGAAAAAAGAAUUCCAUCUUUUUAUAUUUGUACUGACUUUAACUUAUGAACGCUUGUUUGGAAUGAAUAUCAGAGUAUGCUUAACACUUCCAUCGCAGGAGAAACUAUGGAAAUCCGAUGCAUGGCAAAGGAUUGAGAAGACAGUCUACAAUUUUGUUCGAGCUCUACAUUAUUAUGUGGGUGUGACACCUGCGGUCCUUCCGAUUGGGAAACUGCUAAUCAUGUUCUGUAGAUAUACUGAAAAGAAUGUCAUCUUCUUGUAUGAAGAAAGCUUACUUGGACUGAUACUACAGAUAUUUUUGUUUCCUCACCAAAUUGUGUAUGCGGCCACUGAAUCAUUUUAUACAAGGAUGUAAAAAUGUGAGAUAAUUCUCUACAUAUGUUGACAUCUAUAGAGUACUACUGGAAAAUCUAGACUGUGUUUUGUUAGCAAAACAUUUUUUUUCCUUUGGUAUUGGGAAUCUUAAAACUAUAUUCAAGAAUUAGUAUAACAAAAUUAUACAACUAUAACAUUUAAAGGGUCAUUAUAGGUAAAAAAAAAGUACUUCCUCUAAUUCACUAGAGCAUGUACUUUUAAAAGUAACAACUCUGUAAAGUUAUGUGUUUAACCCGGUGAAUGGGUUAACACAUAGUUAAAGUACUGGUCGGGAGCUGCAGAGCAUUAUAUGAGCAUGCAAAGGUUUUGACUAUAAUGACCUUUUAAAUCACACAAAUGGAAUUCAGUGCUGAACAACAUGUAUUUAUUUGGUAGAAAGUGGAGUUUCUAUCUCAGCAUGAAGCAACUCAGUUUAAAGAACGUAACUCAUAAAAAAUCUGUUACAUUUAUACUGUAAUACCAUUUUGUAUGUUAUGUAAAAUGCAAACAUUGAACAAAUUCAAAAACAAUGUAUGUAUAUGAGAAACUUUAAUUGUAUGAUAUCAUUCCAGUACAUUUUGUUGUAUAUUUUAUUCAUGUUAAUUUCUUCCAUUGUUUAUAAAAUAUCCUGUAUGUACAGUUACCGGCUAGUUGGGGGGAGGGGUGAAAAGAGCUUAAAAAUAAGAGCAGAACAUUUGUUAUUGCAAAUGUGUCAGUGAAAGAAUUAGUCUAGCUGGCCUUAUUUGUGAAACAUAAUUGCUUUUAGCAUAUGGAAGUAUUUUUUCACAUUUUCUUUGUACAAAAUUUGUAUUAAAUCUAAAUUUUCUUUUUU